AUGGCUCACAGAAGCCUAAGGCAUCUGCAGACACUGGACCAAGAUCAUAAUGAUGAGAUCAAGGCAGUUACUUUCAAGAAUGCUCCUGAAAAUCUCAAACUUACAUCACCUGACAUUCAAAAAGAUAUUAUAAGUGUUGCUGCUUUUGAAACAAUAAAUAUCAUUAUCAACGAGAUUGGUGAUGGGUUAUUUUCUAUUUUAGUUGAUGAAUCUCAUGACAUUUCAGUUAAGGAACAAAUAUCUAUUGUUUUGCUUUAUGUGAAUAAGAAGGGAUGUGUAGUUGAACGUUUUGUAGGAAUCAAACAUGUUUCGAGUACCACAGCUCUCUCGCUUAAGGAUGCUAUUGAUAAUUUGUUUUCUAGAUACAAAUUGAGUAUAUCUAGUUUGAGAGGUCAAGAUUAUGAUGGAGCUAGCAAUAUGCAAGCUGUAGCAAACAAACAUGUAGAGAUUGAAGCAUUCUUUGACUUGGUUGAUAGGGUUGUGAAUGUUGUUGGAGGAUCAGCUAAACGAUGUGAUCUUCUUAGAAAAAAACAAAGACUCCAAAUUCUUGAAGCACUUAGUCAUGGUGAAAUAUCAAGUGGAUGGGGCCUUAAUCAACAAACUACUCUUAAGCAUUUUGGUGAUACACGUUGGGGCUCUCAUUAUGGUUCUUUAUUGAAUUUGAUUCAUAUAUUUUCACCUACAAUUGAUGUCCUUGGAGUGAUUGCUAAUGAUGUUCCAAGUUCUGAAAAAAUAGGUGAAUCAUGUAAUUUGUUGAAUUUGAUAAUAACAUUUGACUUUGCGUUUAGUCUAUAUCUCAUGAAAAAGAUUUUAGGAAUGUCAAAUGAAUUGUCAAAGGCACUACAAAAGAAAGAUCAAGAUUUUGCUAAUGUCAUGAGAUUAGUGAAAAUUUGUAAAGAACAGCUUCAAGCAAUGAGGGACAACGAAUGGAAUUCUUUUUUAGAAACAAUUUAUUCUUUCUGUCAGAAGCACAGUAUUAAUGUUCCCAACAUGGAUGAUACUUAUAAACCUCCAGGUCGUUCACGAUGUAACACUCCAAAAAUGACAAAUUUGCAUCACUUACAGAUAGAUUUCUUUUAUGCAGUCAUUGAUAUGCAACUUCAAGAGUUGAAUGAUCGUUUUUCUGAGGUAAAUAGUGAAUUAUGCCUUUUGUGA